AAAAAAUCUAGCCAGCCCCAGUUAGGUAGCUGAAGUUCCUUCUAGUGACCGGCUCAGGGGAAGCAGCUUGUGUUCUUGCUGCAUUCCUAUCUCCUAUUGUUGUUUAAAUCCAGCAAGAAUUCUAUUUUCCGGACUGCUGUGGGACGUGUACUCAUCCACACCUUGGUUUGCUUUAUCCUGGCUACUCCCGGCAGCUGAGGGGACUCUGUAAGCAGAAGAAAUAGAAAAAUAUGGGACGCCCCCUAUCAAAAUCGAAAAAACAACGAUUUGGAAAGAACAGCGAUUCGAAGCAAUAUCCCGUACGUAGCCCUGAUCGAACUAUUUAUGUACCAGAUCCAACAUCCAAUAACAAGCAAAGGCCAUCAUCAACCGCUGGAGGCCUUCUGCCCGGACAAAGAUUUCCACAAGCAGAACCGGAGGAGACUGGGAAUAUUGUUGUAGCUUUAUACCCAUAUCAAGGCAUCCACCAAGAUGACUUGACCUUCAAGAAGGGUGAAAAAUUGAAAGUAAUUGAAGAGCAUGGAGAGUGGUGGAAAGCCAAAUCCUUGGCCACAAAGAAAGAAGGAUUCAUCCCAAGCAACUAUGUAGCCAAAGUUAAUACACUAGAGACAGAAGAAUGGUUUUUCAAAGACAUUACAAGAAAGGAUGCAGAAAGGCAGCUGUUGGCUCCUGGAAAUAAUGCUGGCGCUUUCCUGAUCAGAGAGAGUGAAACCCUGAAAGGCAGCUACUCAUUAUCAAUAAGAGAUUUUGAUCCCAAGACUGGCGAUGUCAUCAAACACUACAAAAUCAGAACUCUUGACAAUGGUGGUUUUUAUAUAUCUCCUAGAAUUACUUUCCCAUGUAUUAGUGACAUGAUCCAGCAUUACCAGAAACAAGCAGAUGGUCUGUGUAGGAAACUUGAUAAGCCAUGCCAUUCUCCCAAGCCACAGAAACCCUGGGACAAAGAUGCCUGGGAAAUUCCAAGAGAAUCAAUCAAACUGUUGAAGAAACUUGGAGCUGGCCAAUUUGGGGAAGUCUGGAUGGGUUUCUAUAACAAUAAUACAAAAAUAGCAGUGAAAACAUUGAAAACUGGGACCAUGUCAGUGGAAGCCUUUAUGCAAGAGGCAAAUCUAAUGAAGACUCUCCAGCAUGAUAAACUGGUCAGACUUUAUGCUGUGGUCACAAAGCAGGAACCCAUUUAUAUCAUUACUGAAUACAUGGCCAAAGGUAGCCUACUAGAUUUUCUGAAGAGCGAGGAAGGUACCAGAGUUAUUCUUCCCAAGCUGAUUGACUUUUCGGCUCAGAUUGCAGAAGGAAUGGCUUACAUAGAAAGAAAGAACUACAUCCACCGGGAUCUCAGGGCAGCCAAUGUACUAGUCUCCGAUUCCCUAACGUGUAAAAUUGCUGACUUUGGUCUGGCUCGAGUCAUUGAAGAUAAUGAAUACAUAGCACAAGAAGGUGCAAAGUUCCCCAUUAAAUGGACAGCUCCAGAGGCCAUCAACUUUGGAUCCUUUACAAUUAAAUCAGAUGUGUGGUCCUUUGGCAUUCUCCUGGCUGAGAUAAUCACAUAUGGGAAGAUCCCCUAUCCAGGAAUGAGUAAUGCAGAUGUGAUGUCGGCACUGCAGCGUGGUUACCGGAUGCCACGGAUGGACAACUGUCCAGAGGAGUUAUAUGAUGUUAUGAAACAGUGCUGGAAAGAAAAAGCUGAAGAAAGACCCACAUUUGAUUACUUACAAAGUGUUCUAGAUGACUUCUAUACAGCCACAGAGAGCCAGUAUCAACAGCAACCCUAGAUCAUGGACAAGAUUACUUUGAUGUUCCAGAACUGACUGAGCAGGCUAUUCCCUUUCUCUUUGGUUUAUACAGCUGGGAAACCUGAACAUACUGAAUAACAAUGGCCAGCAGUGUACAUUAAUCAUGGCUAUCGGAUUUGUGUGGCUUCGAAAAACACAGCAUGGCAAUAACAUUCCUCAUGCUUGUUGACAGACUCUUGCAAGCUGUGAAAAUGUACACAAAGACUUGUAUAUCUAUUCUGCAUCUUUUGGUAUUUAAUUGAUGAAAGUGGUGCCUUUCUUAAAGUUUACUUGCGCAACAAGGAAAAAGCUGUGAGUUUAUUCAUGAGAAUACAGAUAUCAUAUUACACAAAAUAGACAGAACCACCUGAUGUAGGACAAUAUAGGGAUUCAUGGGAUCCAAAUGAAAAUUGCAGUGCCGCUCUUGGCUGAGACAGAGAUCUCCUCGCCGGCUUCAGUGAAGGGAGCUGGCGUCAGUGCAUCAUUCAGAGGUGUAAGAGCAUUAUCAAAGAGAAAAAAGGGUUCCGGCAUGCCGCUCACCAACCCAGUGCAUUAGUAUGUAGAUGAAUGUGGUUUCAGCCAGUGCCGCUCCAGCCAUAGCCCACAACCCGACAUGUUUCGCCUCCCCGCUCAACGGGGCUUGGUUACAGAGGUGGUCACCUUUCUUCUCUUUGAUAAGCAUUCAUGUGACACAAUUCUUUCUGACCAGAUAAACACACCAGCAUGUUUGAAUGUACAUAAUUAUUCCUGUAGAGCAGUACACGUGACACUGUGAUUGUGCAAGGAAUCAUACUGCCCAUUUUUCAUUAUACAGUUUUUUUUACAUACAAAAUCCAAGAGGCAGAAACACAAACUGUGCUGAAUAUUAACAAAGGCUUAUCCAAGUAAAACAUUCACUCAUAUGUCUAUAGUGUGCUCCUGCUUUCUCAUACUUGCUCUCAACUUUCCUAUUAGAAAUGCGAAGAACCCUUUGGGUUAACAUUUGUCAUGGGUGCUUCUCUAAAGUCAACUCCCUAAUUGGCACCAAACUCUGCCCCUUGGGGGCUGUCAGUGGAGAAGUACAAUGAGGCUGCCAGUGGGGUAAAAGUUAAAGCAGACAGGGCCGAAGAAUUAGUGUAAGGGCAGCUGCCAAUAAGAUAAGUCAGCAUAGUAUACUGGGGAUUAAUACACAAGGAAGGCUGUUGAUGAGAUUUGUUCAAUGCAAGCUGUGGUAACUAGAUCCCUGUUGCAAGAGUACUGCUGAUGUCUCCACAGGGAAAAAGAGUUGUCAAGGAGAAGGUAUGAGUUACUUUUGGGCAAAGCUGGGAGUAGAUGGGGCAAGCCAGUGCCACCUUUAUAAAACUCUGCUGCUUCAGUGUAAAGAGUCAUAUCCACAGUAAGGCAUGAAUAUCACAAAGGGGUAGCACCAAUGAACAUGUUCAACAUAAGAGGAAGAGCAUAGUAUAGCAGCCAACCCAGUGAGGAGAAAAGUAUUAUAUUGGGGCUUACUAGUCCUUAGAUGUGGUAGAGAAUUUGUUUUCUUCAUUUAUUUUUCCUGGUGGGUUAUUCUAAUCUGGGCUUACUCCUUUCAUCUGACAUGGAUGACCUGGGUGCUGGUCACCAUAGCCCAUCUCCACUCUCAACCAAAAGUAUAAAAAAAAAAGUAAGCCACGCUCCAAAACACUUAGCUGUUCUUUCGGUGUUUAAAAAUUGUCAAAAAAAUUUCAUACAUUGAGCUCUACACCCUAAGCAAAUAGAGAAUGUGAGAUAACCUGUAAAGGGAACACAAGAUCAUCUCUGAUCCCUAUUCUCACUUCAUGGCCUGUCAGUGUUUGUGUGCAACAAAGAUUUUUCCCCAGUAAACAUCUGGAUCACCAUUUAAUGUCUAUGGACACCAUUACUGCACUUUCUUAAUAUGUCAAGAAGUGAAACAAUUGGACAUGCAUAAUGGUGGUAGCGAAGAUGGAACCAUGGAUAAACAUUUUAGAAUAUACAUAAUAAUGGCACAGUGAUAAGCAAAGAUUCCGUUUCCACUAUGCAGGUAUGAUAGAUACAUUCUAAAAGCAUUCAAGUGUUAACAUCUGUAUUGUUCAAUCAAGCCAUAUAUGUAAUCUAUCAUUUUUGAUAUACAAACCCAAGAGUGACUUUGCUGUUAUAGAAAUAUCUUCCUUUUUUAUUUUUCCCCUCACUUUAAUGUAUAUAAUGUGUGGUUUCUAAUGUCAUUUUUACCUUGAUAAUUAUAUGUAUUAAAAUGAGAAGCGUAUGGUAUGAAACAUAUACCCUUGCAUACUGAUUAUAUAUAAUGUUGUAAAAAAACUAACUUGUUUAAUUAAAACAAAAACCUACCCAAACCCA